GCCACGGUCUCGGGCGCCAGCUACGCCGCUGCCGCUGUCACUAUGGCCCAUUACAAAGCCGCCGACUCGAAGCGCGAGCAGUUCCGGAGGUACUUGGAGAAGUCGGGGGUGCUGGACACGCUGACCAAGGUAUUGGUAGCCUUAUAUGAAGAACCAGAGAAACCUAAUAGUGCUUUGGAUUUCUUAAAGCAUCACUUAGGAGCUGCUACCCCAGAAAAUCCAGAAAUAGAGCUGCUUCGCCUAGAAUUGGCAGAAAUGAAAGAAAAAUAUGAAGCUAUUGUAGAAGAAAAUAAAAAACUGAAAACAAAGCUUGCUCAGUAUGAACCACCUCAGGAGGAGAAGCGUGCUGAAUAGGAUUCUUCUCAGUUGAAAAGACACUGAAAAAAUGGUUUUGUAUGACUUGAAUAGUUUGUAUAGUAUAUAAUCUUUUCUGAACAGAUGCUCUAGAACUCUUUUAAUAUGUUGAAUUCACCUAUCACACUUUAACUGUUAUAAACACAUAUACUUAGAAUCACCAAUAAAAACUCAAUAU